UCCCGUUCACGCGCUGCCACUGGAUCAUCAUCAUCAUAAUCCUCCUCAUCAGCAUCCUCAUCAUUAUCACAAGGAUCUCAAAUGCGGACGGGCAUGAAGCGACCAUAACGGGACCCUGGGCGCAAAACUAACACACAGGAUAAUGACGAAAUCUUGCACGGAAGAACCCUCGAUGGUCGAGUCUCAGGCCGGCAGCGCCAACUGGACUGAGAAGAAGACGAAGGCCGGGCACGAGGCCAUGCGCAAAGACCCGGAGAACGACCAAGAGGAGAGCGUGCACAUGCUCGAGGACGCGCACGAGCUGGAGGAGGAAGAGGAGGAAGAGGAGGAGGAGGAGGAGGUGGAGGAGGACGAGGAGGAAGAGGACGAGGGAGACGACGCGAGUAAGCCCAAGAGGCGCGGGCCGAAGAAGAAGAAGAUGACCAAGGCGCGCCUGCAGCGCUUCAAGAUGAGGCGCAUGAAGGCGAACGCGCGCGAGCGCAACCGCAUGCACGGGCUGAACGAUGCGCUCGAGAGCCUGCGCAAGGUGGUGCCGUGCUACUCGAAGACGCAGAAGCUGUCUAAGAUCGAGACGCUGCGUCUGGCGAAGAACUACAUCUGGGCUCUCUCGGAGAUCCUGCGAUCGGGCGAGAGUCCGGAUCUGGUGUCGUUCGUGCAGGCUUUGUGCAAAGGUCUUUCGCAGCCCACGACCAAUCUGGUAGCCGGGUGUCUGCAGCUCAACCCGCGGACAUUCCUGCCUGAACAGCAGAGCCACGCGCACGGCCCGGGGGUUGCUCCGUACGCCGGCAUGCACCCGUACUGCUAUCAGAGCCCGGGCCUGCCGAGCCCGCCGUACGGCGCCGCGGACGGCGCGCCACACCACGCGUUCCACGCCAAGGCGGCGGCGCACGCGUACGGCAGCGCGCUGCUCCUGCCCCCGCCCCCGCCGCCGCCCCCGCAGCCGCACCCACCAGCACACCCGCAGCCGCCGAGCGCCCUGCAGCCGGAGCCGUUCUACGACGCCGCGCUGGCCGACUGCGCGCACAGCCCCGCCGCGUCGUUCGACGGGCCGCUCAGCCCGCCGCUCAGCGUCAACGGGAACUUCUCCUUCAAGCACGAGCCGGCCGCGGAGUACGAAAAGAGCUACCACGCGUUCGGAGGAGGAGGAGGAGGGGGCGUGCAACCUUACCACCAUCACCACCAUCACCCUCCUCCAGGACACCACCAUCACCCUCACCCGCACCCUCACCACCACCACGCGGCUCUUUACGACCUUCAGCCCAUGGAGAACGUCGUGCCCUACGAGGGUCACUCUCAUCACGAACGGGUCGUGCACAUGAACGCGCAACUCAACGCCAUAUUCCACGACUCAUGAGCUCGAGGGGACUUUUUAACUUUUUUUUUUUUUAUUUCAUUUUUUUUUUUUAUUUGCAGAGACAUUUUAAUUCAUAAAGUGCGUGUCAUCAUGGGUACAUGGGUUCAUGGCUUUUAUGGCUUACUGCAAAAAAAGAAGAAGAGGAAGAAGAAGAAGAAGGGGAGCAGCAGAAAAAAAAACACGCCCUAAUGUUGAAUUAACACGUGCACUUUUUACUUUUAUUUGCAAAACAAACAAACAAACAAAAAAUUGAAACAAAACAAGAACAAA